UCACUAACCCUUUCCUAAACUAGCUCCAUAGCUAGCUAGCAAGAAUAAUCCUUCACUCCGACUCUCCACCCCCACCAUCUCCUCCUCCGCCACACCACCACCAACACCACCACCAUCACCACCAUGCAAGUCUCUCAACCUGCUCGUCCUUCCGAUCCAAUAUACAGGCGAGACGAUCACUUGUCACAAGCAUGCAAAGACUUGGUGUCCUCUCUCCCUUCUGAAGAAGGCUGGGUCGCAACCUCUUUCUGCUUGUACCAGGGCUUCUGGUUCCCCACUUGGCUCUUCAACGGUGUCCUCUCUUGCCAAAACCACUUCCAAGCUCAACCCUCUGACAUCCUCCUCGUCACCAACCCGAAAUCCGGCACCACCUGGCUAAAGGCCAUCCUCUUUGCUCUCUUGAACCGUGCCAAGUACUCUGACUCCGACUCAAAACAACGCCACCCUCUUCUAACCCAAAACCCCCACGAUCUUGUGCCCUUCUUGGAGGUCAAGCUGUAUCUCCAGCAAGAAAAUCCCGAUCUCACUACUUUCGAGUCCCCGAGGCUCUUCGCCACCCACUUGCCCUAUUCGUCACUUCCAGGGUCGGUGAGGGACUCCAGGUGCAAGCUGGUUUACCUGUGUAGGAACCCUAAGGACAUGUUCAUCUCGCUGUGGCACUACGUCAACAAGCGGAGGGCCGAAGAGAAGGGCCAGAUUCCGCUCCCAAAGUGCCUUGACAAGUUCUGUCGAGGAUUGAGCCCCUACGGGCCUUAUUGGGAUCAUGUGAUGGGUUACCACAAGGCGAGCUUGGAGAUGCCUGAGCAGGUGUUGUUCUUGAUGUACGAGGAGUUGAAAGAGGACCCGCGUGUUCAUGUGAGUAGGUUGGCUGAUUUCUUGGGGUGUCCGUUCAGCGAUGAAGAACUGAGAGACGGCACUGUAGAGGGAAUAAUGAGGAUGUGUAGCUUCGACAAUUUGAGCUCAUUGGAGGUGAAUAAGAGCGGGAAGCUGUGGACUGGACAAGAGAACCAGUGGUUUUUCAGGAGAGGGAAGGUCGGAGACUGGGUGAAUUAUCUGAGUGCUGAGAUGGCCGACAAGAUUGACCAGGUAAUGGAAGAGAAGUUGCGUGAUUCUGGGUUGAACUUUCAGUACAAAUAACUCACUCGUUCAAUAAUUUCCGUGGGCUGUGUUAAUUUUAAAGAUGUUUGGUUUGAUGGUGGAGAAAAAAAGGCACAAAAAGUUAAAAAGGAAAAAAAAAGGAAACGACUCGUUUGUUCGCACUUUAUGAAAGUGUGAUUCUUAUGCUAUAGGAUCAAAGAUUUUCAGUGGCAGUGUCGAUCGUGGCUUCGUAUCAAUAAUGAGACGCUUCAAGGUUGUGUUUCUGGGCACCAGCUUUGUUGUACUAUUGGCUUUUGCAGAUGCUAUUUGGCCAACACUUAGUUGGCCAAUAAAAAGCAGCUUUCCAUCUUUUUCUUUUUGCCGUGUGAAGCUUUGUGAUGUAUGGUCUUGUGUAGAUCGAAUUGCUAAACAACUGAUAUGUGUGGUUUGGAUUAAAAAA